GGUCAGGCUUUCAUACAAUUUGUGUACUUUAUCGGGCCCACAUAUUUCUACAUAUACUUCUUGGUACAAGGUUUCAAUCAUUCGUUGAGGAAAAAUGCAGCUGACUCACGUUCGCCUUGGGCCAGCUGGCAGCAAGCGCGGCACUCUCCGCCCUUCUGUGGUCGGCGUACGUCGGCAGGGCCGGAGGACAGUUGUGGUCCAGGCGAACCUAUUUUCACGAGUCUCGCGGAUUGUCGGGUCAUGGGCGAAUAAUGUUGUGAGCAACGCUGAGGACCCCGAGAAGCUGCUGGAUCAGGUUGUUGAGGAGAUGCAGAAUGACCUCAUUAAGAUGAGGCAAGCUGCCGCGACGAUCCUCGCCCAGCAAAAGCAAAUCGAGGCGAAGUACAAGCAGGCCCAAACCACUGCGGAUGACUGGCUUCGCCGCGCAGAGCUCGCAGUGCAGAAGGGUGAGGAUGACCUGGCCAAGGAGGCGCUCAAGCGCCGCAAGUCUUACCAGGAACAAGCGGACACCCUGAAGGCCCAAGUGGACCAACUCUCAGUCGCUAGCAAUGACGUUCUGAACAACACGCGCGCCCUGGAGGCCAAGCUGAGCGAGGCACGCAGCAAGAAGGAGACGCUCAAGGCGCGCGCGGCGUCGGCCAAGACCAGCCAGCAGAUCCAGGAGAUGAUGGCUGGGCUCAAUACGAGCAAUGCGGUGGUUGCCUUUGAAAAGAUGGAGCAGAAGGUGCUCUCCAUGGAGGCGCAAGCAGAGAGUACCAAGAUGCUUGUGGGUAGCGACACGAUUGACAACCGGUUCAAGGCGCUAGAGAGCGGCACAGUGGACGACGAGCUGGCCGCUCUUAAGCGCGGCAUGUUGAGCUCCAGUAGCACCCCUGCCGCACUGCCAGAGGGCCGGCCUAUCCAGGACGCUCUUGACCUGGAACUGGAGGCGCUGCGGAGGAAGGCGCGCGCCGAGUGAACGACCAGCAAACCGAGUUCUUUGAGCAUGCUGUACAGCGAGCGUUAGUGGCAGCUAAUUGGCUGCAAAUGGCAAUGGGGUUAGUUGUGUUUGUUUGAGAGGUUUGUUCGAGUAACGCCUACUGCGGUCGCUCGGGCUAUGCCCCACGUGGCCUGAGUGGGCCUUGAGUGAUCUUGUUGGCAAAUCAGUGGCCGGCCGCUGUGACGGCGUGGUUACAUUUGCACUGGUCCUAGCUGUGCAAGUGGCGUUUCAGUGUACACCUGGGAGUGGUGAGCCAAGGGUGAGAGCUGUGAGGUGCCGAGUGUGCAUUGUGGUAUGAGGACAGCACAUGAAAUGUAGGGGCAUUCUCGUAUGCUCUUGGACUGAGGGUUUAAGACGGUAUGUGCUUCUGUCUGUGUGUGUGUGUGGUUGCGAGGUGUGAAUUUAGGAGACGGGACUGUGUGGAGGGUUAAACAGCGGAAGUGCUCUUGGAGUGAAGCCGGCUUGAUGCUCAAGACUGGAUGGGUGCGGUGUGGUGUGGUGUGCAAAUGCAGGAGCUGUGCUGGGUCUGGGUUAUGCUGUGUUUCCAGUGCGCCCGCCCUAAACAAUUUCGUUAUAAAGUCAAAGUUACGAGCUACGUCCCGAAUCGCUUUGAUGGGAAGCAUAUGGCUGCGUGAAGGAGGAGAGGGCUUCUAGGUUGGUUCUGGGAACACCAAAAACAGUGAAGCAAGAUUCUGCUGAGGUAUUGUAUGCCUGUAUGGGGCAACGAGAGGAUUCCCAGGUUAUUGACGUGUAAACGUUAAUGCAGGCGAGGAAGGGGGUUGUCACGCAAUGGCCCUGCUAAACGGCGACGCCAGCUUUAAGCAAUCUCAGAGGAUUACCGGUGUUUGGGCUUUCCCGUCUCCUGGCCUGAAUUUUGGCCCACGCAACCCCUCGGAUACAUUUUAACCGCGC